AUGGUCAAUCGCAAGCUCAAUAGCUUAGCUCAUGGGGCUGGCAAGCGUUCGGAGACAUCGGCAAUGAGAGUAGAGUCUAACGAAGAAAUGUGGUCCGAUCUGAUACAUACUUGUUCAAGACCAAGAGGCAGAUUAAAUAACAGACAAUGUAUGCGCAGAAGAUUUAGAUCUAAAGCUUCUAGAAGAAGUCGCAGUGGUUGUAGGUCUACCGGCCGACGAUCGCUGUCAAGAUCUAAAGGUAUAAGUCGCCGUGCCACGUCCAGUAAAUGUCAGGGUAGAUCGUCUAGAAGUGGUCGACGUAUGAAGACGACCUAUAAAAAGUCAGUGUCGGCUAGUAAAAGCCGUCGUUCAAAAUCCACCUCCAAAAAAAGUAGAUCCAGAUCUUCUAGUCAAAGACGUGCUAGGACGACAAGAAGAUCUAGAAGUAAUAGAUCGAGAGGCAGAAAACGUAGAUCGACGUCCAGUAAGAAAAAUCAACGCAAGCGUUCAAAAACGGACGACCAAGAUUGCGUUAUGGUCAAUUUCGGUGAAUCGACUUCUACUACAAGAGCUAACAAGAAGGACGAAAAGCAUGCAAAGAAAAACGAAACGGAAAGCAAAAAUCAGCAGUCUGACAACAAGAUCAACACCGAGACACAACAAAACAAUUCCGAACAACACCGGUCAAAUGAACAUGCCAACAGCGGACAAACCAACAAGGAAACCAACAACAAUAACAUUUAA